UCGGUAAUAGUGUGCACUGCGCCUUUAAGACAGGCUCGUCGAGGAACUCGACACGACAACAUAAACAGCGAUUAAACACUGUCGAUACAAGCGGACUCCUGAAGCACUAGCCACUGCGAACAGUGUGGCAUGGGAAACGGAAUAAAUAAGGUUCUGCCAGACCUGUACUUAGGUAACUUCAAAGAUGCCAGAGACAGGGAGCAAUUAGCCAGAAACAACAUCACACACAUCCUCUCCAUCCAUGACACCGCUGCGCCUAUUUUACAGGAGAUGACUUAUCUUUGUAUCCCAGCAGCAGAUUCACCCACACAAAACCUCAUUCAGCAUUUUAAGAAGAGCAUUAAAUUCAUGCACGAGUCCCGACUGAAAGGCGAGGGCUGUCUGGUUCACUGUCUGGCUGGCGUGUCGCGUAGCGUGACGCUGGUGGUGGCGUAUGUCAUGACCGUCACGACUCUGGGAUGGCAGGAGGCUCUGGCUGCGGUGAAGGUGGCGAGACCUUGUGCUUCACCCAACGUGGGCUUCCAGAACCAGCUGCAGGAGUUUGAGACCAGCCAGCUACAGCAGUUCAGAGAGUGGCUGAAGGAGGAGUAUAAGGAAAACCCCUUUAAUGAUGAGGAGGACGUUCAUAACCUGAUGGCGCAGAUUCCCAGCUCCUCCGCGCCGGAGGACGAGGACUUUGAGUUCAACUGAGAGAUCGCACAGACCAUUCCUGACGUCUGGGAUGAGUGUUUGAUAUGGCACAGCACUGUUUAUUAACUUAUGCACACUUUUUGUAAAUAAGACAUAUUCAAGGUUUUAAUGUUGUUUACUACUGAUGCGAUGUUAAAGGGAAAUUUGCAUUUUGUUGUUCAGU